GACGAGGGGUAUUUUUUUCGAUGGAAUGGAGCUACCAGAAAUGAAGCCGCUAAAAGAAGACGUCGAGGGCCGAUUAAACGCCAUCAGAAAUUUGGAAGGCCGCCCCAAUGACGUGAUAAUUGCAGCUUUCCCUCGAUCAGGUACCCACUGGGUCUGGGAAAUUACAUCUAUGCUACUUAAACAGCAAGAUGACUACACACAAAAAACAAAAGAAACAGCAUUUCUCGAAUUUGUGGACGAUUUUUGUGAGCUGGAAAAAAUGCCAUCACCACGCAUUCUUAACACACACUUGCCGUAUAGAUGGCUUCCAAGAUCUCAUGUAGAAAACAAGAGGAAAGUGAUACAUGUAAUCAGAAAUCCAAAAGAUAUGUUCGUGUCCUUCUAUUACUUUCAAAAGAAUUUUGGAAUCGAAUUGGAAUGGAAUACGUUUUUUGAAAACUCGGUUAUUGGACAAAACGUAUCAUAUGGAGGCUGGCUUGGAUACGAGAGGAGCUUUAAUAGAGACGAUGAAAAUAUUCAUGUGACUUAUUACGAGGAUUUAAAAUUAAAACCAGUCGAAGAAAUUCGCUUGUUGGCGAAAUUUUUGGAAGUGAAAUGUACAGACACCUUGUUAGAAAGCAUUGCUCACAAAUGUGGAUUUGAUAAUUUAAAAAAAGCUCAUUACACAGUCAAGAAGACAGAAUCUAAAAUGAGCCACUAUAGAAAAGGUGAGGUUGGAGACUGGAAAAACCAUUUUACCGUAGCACAGAAUGAAGAGUUCGACCGAUUGUUCCAAAGAAAAAUGGCUGAUUUAAAACUCAAAUCAAAAUUCUUAUAUGAAUAAGAUUGCAUUGUAGCAAUAGUUAUAUCUGCAGAUAAGAACAUUUUGUCAAUCAUUGUUACAUGUAUAUAUGAGUCCGGUCAUUUUAUCAUUAAACAGCACACUAAUUGCAACACACUUUCUUCUAAGUAAACUCUAGAACGCAAAAAAUAAAUGUAAUAAAAAUCUAACAAAACUGGAUGAGAGGAAAUCAUUAUAUGGGGGAACAUAAAAUUUCUAUGAAAAUUAAAUAAAAUAGGUAAGGCGGUACGUAACUCUUGUCAAUUAAGUAAAUUUUGCAUGAUGCAUUUUUUAAUCUUCAAGAAAGAAGAAGUGAACUAAUCUGUGUAUUGAUUACGUUCAUAAAUGCAGUAAAACCUUUUUAUACUCGAAGAAAAUUGUUUACAGAUAUUUAGGUCAGAAUGACGUUGCAUUUCCUUGUCUCAAAAUAGUGUAGGUUAUCAAACAUGUCAUGUUUAGUCUCUAAAUGUUUUUAUUAUUCUAAUUACUAUAAUUGGACUUUUGCGAGAAGCGCUGACUUUUACAAUCGACGGCUUACUUUUACACUAGGACAAUAUACGAAAACUCUUGUGAUAUAAAUAUUAAGCUAAACAGUUAAUUAAAUGGUAAAUAAUGGGUUGUUUCAAAAUACAUAUUAAGCUGUCUAGGAAGGGAACGGCAACCACCCUACCCUCAACCCCCUCCCUUCCCACAUUGACCAACUCUUGCUUAGUUUUCCUUCCAGAAUGUUUAUUCUUCUUUAUUUGAUUCCUUUAGAAAAUGAUAUUGAAAGGAGAUACAAUCCCUUACAAAUAAGGUAAAUUAAGUUAUGUAAUUCGCCUCCCCCCAGCCCAUCAUCUCUUGCGUCGAUUGCAUACCGGUAAAUCAUGUAAGUGCCCCUUACACUAUACAUGUACCUAUAACCACUAUUAAGGUUUUCUUGUCUAUUAUCGAUUCCGUACCUCCGUACAUAAGGCAGGUUUAAAUGUCAAAGAAAGACGUCGACUGUAAAAGUCAGUGCUUCUCGCAAAAGUCCAUUUAUAUACUAAAUAAAAUAAUUAAAAUAUUAAUCUAGGAGACAUUUAUUUUUAUUCUUUUUUUAAUGUAUUCACUAUGAGUUAUAAAUGCUAAUAUUUAAAAAUUAACAAAAAUUAUGAAAUUAAAUUUAGA